AUGCAUAUUUCCCGUGUGCUUCCCGAAUUAUGCAUACGCACCAUCGUUCAAUCGCACUUAGGAGCACUCACAAGCGGAUACACCAGCCCUGAAUGCUGUCUUCUCUUGUUGUUACCAUCUUUCCCGUUUGCUAGCUCACGCCAUAUUUUUUACACCGAACAUUCCUACUUACAUUAUCUUUUCUUUCUUUCUUUCUUUCUUUCUUUCUUUCUUUCUUUCUUGCCUACCUUGUGUAUGACUUUUCUUUCUUUUUACCCAUUCUUUGUGCAUCCUAUUUGUUUCUUUGUUUCUUUCUUUCUUUGUUUCUUUGUUUCUUUCUUUCUUUCUUACCUUGUGUAUGACUUUUCUUUCUUUCUUCCCUACCUUGUGUAUGACUUUUCUUUCUUUUUACCCAUUCUUUGUGCAUCCUAUUCUUUCUUUCUUUCUUUCUUUUUUCUUUCUACUCAUUUCCUCUUGACGCUUCUUUUAUCACUUUUCCCUUCUCUUUGUCUUUUUCUAUCACCUCCCUCCCCCUCUCUCUCUCUCUCUCUCUCUCUCUCUCUCUCUCUCUCUCUCUCUCUCUCUCUGGCUUUUUUUCCAUUGCUUCUGUAUUUUUCCCAUUGUAGCGAUCCAGUUAGUAUCUGA